GUAGACUCUAGUCGCUAGCCUCAAACCAACUCUCUCUACUGUAUCGAUGAAGUUGUUUCAAAGAUGGCGGAUUUCCUGCCGUCCCGGUCCGUUUUAUCUGUAUGUUUUCCAAACUGUCUCCUCACGAGUAACGAGGCAGAACAAUUAAGGAAAUCUAAAGAAAUAGACAAAAGUAUUUCGCGGGAUAAGACGUAUGUGAAGCGGCUGGUGAAGAUUCUGCUACUCGGAGCGGGAGAAAGCGGCAAGUCCACUUUCCUGAAGCAGAUGCGCAUCAUCCAUGGUCAGGACUUCGAUCAAAGGGCCAAAGAAGAGUUCAAGGCCACGAUUUUUAGUAAUGUAAUUAAAGGGGUGCGUGUGUUGGUGGAUGCCAGAGAAAAGCUCCACAUCCCGUGGGGAGAGGCGUCCAACCAGAGGCACGGAGAGACCAUGAUGGGGUUUGACACGAGGUCGGCCAGGAUGGCCCACGGCAUGGUGGAGACCAGGGUCUUCCUGCAGUACCUGCCCUCCAUCCGGGCCCUGUGGGCCGACACGGGCAUCCAGGAUGCCUACGACAGACGCAGGGAGUUCCAACUGGGGGAGUCUGUGAAGUAUUUCCUGGAUCAUUUGGAAAAGCUGGGACAGCCGGACUACCUACCAACUCAGCAGGAUAUUCUCCUGGCCCGUAAGCCCACUAAAGGUAUCCAUGAGUACGACUUUGAGAUCAAGAACGUUCCGUUUAAGAUGGUGGAUGUUGGGGGUCAAAGGUCGGAGAGACGGAGAUGGUUUGAGUGUUUUGACUCUGUCACCUCCAUCCUGUUCCUUGUCUCCUCUUCAGAGUAUGACCAGGUCUUGAUGGAGGACCGUCAGACCAACCGUCUCAGCGAAUCCCUCAACAUCUUCGAGACCAUCGUCAACAAUCGGGUUUUCUCCAACGUCUCCAUCAUCCUGUUCCUCAACAAGACAGACCUUCUGGAGGACAAGGUGCGCUCCGUCAGCAUCAAGGACUAUUUCCCAGAGUACCCCGGGGAGCCACACAGCCUGGUCGACGUACAGAGGUUCCUAGUGGACUGUUUCCGGGGGAAGAGGAGGGACGUGACACAGAAGCCCCUGUACCACCACUUCACCACAGCCAUCAACACGGAGAACAUUCGCCUGGUGUUCCGAGACGUCAAGGACACCAUCCUCCACGACAACCUGAAGCAGCUGAUGCUGCAGUGAUCGCAGGGGGGUUAUGACCUUUUGAAGUCACCUUUUGGCCUUUAACCCCCCCGUGACCCCUCGCCGUGACCCCUGGCCGUGACCCACUGACUUGCAGUGAUUGCAGGGUGCUGAACAGAGAGCAAAAAAGUUGUAUUGUGCUACACUGUCACUGCCUCUUAAGUCACCUUUUGGCCCUUGACCUUUAACCCCUGUGAGCCCUCACCUUGACCCCUGAUCUCCAGUCACCUCUGGUGCAGGCUGUCACCUAUGACUCUUGACCACUGAACCCUGUUACCACUUCUAAUGGCCUUGUACCUGGCAGUUCUACCCCCCUAAACCACUGUAAAUGAGCUCUCCCAAUCCCUCCCCUCACACGCCCCUCUCCUCUCUGUAAUGGACUAUUCCAGAGUCUGUAGAUAUGUUGAUGUGUUCUGUAGGAUGAAGUUGCCCUCACGCUGAUCCUGGGUCAGUUUUUCAUUUCCCCACUAAUGGUUAAUGACGAUAUGGAGAGGGGACGCUGGUCCUAAAUCUGUGUUCUAUAUUACUAUAUUCACUCUGUUGGUUCACUCUUAACUCUCCUGUCUCACUCUGUCACAUUGUAACCUGUCUGAGAAGCUCAGACCACUGCUGGAGGUUAGCAGUCAAGGGUGAGGGGGUCAAAGGUCGUCACCCACGGCAACCAGGGAAGAGGGGGUGUUAACGCUGUAGAACAAAAUGAUGAUAACUGUGUUUUACAGGCCUCAGCCUGUCGCUAUGCACCUCCACUCCCACCUGCCCUGAACUGGCUUGAUUCUACACUUCCUUUUCCCUCAGAGCCUGACUAUGACAUCACCGUGGCCCCCCACCAUUCUGACAGCAAAUCAGUGUCGCUAUCUGGAUGUGGAACUGAAAAACCAACUGCAGCGGAGAGCUUGUUGUUGCUGGGGGGAAGUUAAAGAGUGGGGGACUUCACAGCACUGUACUAAAACUAAUCCUUUAUGAUUCCACAAAUAAGGCUUUUACCACUGUCUGAUGAUUACAUAUCAAACAGAGCUAUACACACACACACACACACACACACAACCUGCCCAUAGAGACUCUUCUGACCUGAUCCCUGUCUUAGUCCUGGCAUUACUGUUUGGAACUUUAGUUUUUAAUCAGUUAAAUUUUAAACUUUUUUUUCACAGAUUUAUUAUCAAUAUAUGUACCUAAACAUUGUCUUAAGUUAUAUUUGAAAGGUUUUACCCAAGUUUGAUUUACACCUGCUGAUGGACGGUGUUAAAGGCUAUGGAAGAGGCUGUGUGAACACUCAGACUCACUCAGACAGACUUGCUCAGACAGACGCUCAGACAGACGCUCAGACAGACCAGUUGAUAAACUACUGAGCUAAUUCUCAGGAUACAUUGUGGACCACUUAUUUGUGUAUUUAGAGCAAUGAUAUUCAUUUGCCUAAGUCCUGAACCACACACACAGGCAUCUGUCCAUCAGAGGCUGGUAGUCUAAACAAAUUGUCGGCCAGCUACAUCCCCUCUUCCAGUCCUCCUUUUUUCUCCCCUCUCUCUCCCCUCUCUCUCCCCUCUCUCUGUGUUAGUGUAAGCAAGUGAUCAGCCUUGUAAACCCUGUGGAGGCUCAUCCUAGAGGGAAGAGACGGUGAUCGGCCUUGUAAACCCUGUCGAGGCUCAUCCUAGAGGGAAGAGACAGUGAUCAGCCUUGUAAACCCUGUGGAGGCUCAUCCUAGAGGGAAGAGACGGUGAUCGGCCUUGUAAACCCUGUCGAGGCUCAUCCUAGAGGGAAGAGACAGUGAUCAGCCUUGUAAACCCUGUGGAGGCUCAUCCUAGAGGGAAGAGACAGUGAUCAGCCUUGUAAACCCUGUGGAGGCUCAUCCUCUUAUUGCUCAGUCAGGGAAAAGUGAUGGGGAAACGGUGUGAAAUGAUUUUAUUAUGAAUCUUUCUCCUUAACUCCUCACCGACCAAAGUGUCUCUAUUCCCAGCAACCCCAAUAACAGGCCUUUAAAUGAGCUAGACGUUGGGUUUCUACCAACGGAAGGGAAACCAGGAGAAUGAUACCUUUCACAUUGUUGUACCAGUUAUCCAGGGGGUGUCUACUCCCUAUCUAGUGCACUGCUUUCGUCCCUAUGUGUCUUUGGUAGGGCACUACUUAGUGCUCUGGUCAAAAGUAGUGCACUAUAUUAUUAUUAUUAUUAUUAUUAAGGUAGUAGGGUGCGGUUUUGCACGUAGACCCCUAAAAUCUCUCUCGUUCUCUCUCUCGUUGUCUCCCAAGUGAGCGCUAUUCCCUAUAUAGUUUUGGAUGCAGGCUGAGUCCUGUUGGCCAAACAUACUGCAUGUGUAGCUCAAGUCUCUCACAAACAGUGUCAGCCCUGUUAGGGCUUCUGACUGAUAGUUCCAGGCCACCCCUUCCAUAGCUCCGAGUCAUCCCCAGCACAGAGCUCUUUGUCUGGGCUGAGGAUGUGUGUCAGGGCCCCUUGGCUGAAGGCCCGAGGCUCUGGAAAGAAAGGCCACCAUUUCAUCCUCUAUACCAGGCGGAUGGACUGGUGUGACUGGGACCAGUGUCUCCUCCCGCGCCACACACACACACCAGUAAGUCAGACCAGACUAGGGUCUGUGAUUUGCCUUGUCGAUGCUGAACAAACAGGUUUUUGAAAACACACACUCCUACAGAAGCAGACCACUUUCUCCUAGGGGAUGUACAUGUCCACACAGAUUGCUAUGGAGUUCCAACUAAGAUGCAACAGAAACCCAAAACAGCCUUAUGGGCCACCAUAGUUAAAGAAUUUAGCCUUAUGGGUGACCUCUGACCUGGGUUAAAUAGAUGUAACCAUCAUCACUGUGCUUGCCCACCUUAGGAGCCCUGCUGUUUAGAGUAGCUAGGUCCUUUUAAGAGUGUUGUCUGGUCUGAAGUGGCCUGAUCAACAGUAUUCCACUGGACCCAACAUGUCCCAAAGUGAUCAUUCUAGAAUCAUUUGCAUUCUAGAACUGUGUCCAUUCCAGAACUGUUUCUAGCCAUUCUAUUUCUAUGGGUGUAGUCAGUCGGUGCUUUUUGCCAAAUGGCCUCCAGAGUGACUCAAUACCCAGUAGACCCAUGUCCCUUACUGGUCUUAUUUAGUGAGGGAGAGCUCAAAUAGGAGUCCCAAAUGGCACCCUAUUCCCUAUAUAGUGCACACAUUUUGAACAGGUCCCAUAGGGUCUAUAGUAGUGCUCUAUGUAGGGAAUAGGCUGUGAUUUGGGACAAAGCCCAGACAGAUGCAGGCCUUGGUCUGCUCCAGUCAGAGAAAAGGUAGACAGUCUGCCAGUAGUAACACAGUGGUCAGUAUUCAGUCACUGCUCCUUCAGGCCGUCUCUCCCUCUGCUGCUGCUGUGGUUUUAAAUGUGUGCCAACGCUAGCACACUAGUUAGAAUGCACUGCUUCUAAGUGUCAUGUUAGUGUGGAUGUUGGAAUGCAGCCCAAGAGUCAGUUAGAACACAGGGUCAUUUCAAAUGCCCAGGCCCACUUUGAUGAUGUCACAAAGCCCAAGCCUGUUUCAUUAGGUUUCUGCUACAGACAGAAACCUGCCUUCAGUGGCCUGGUCAGCCUCCACAACUGGUUUUAACCCAGUCUGAGUUGUAAUUCAUUGUGUCAAAAAGAGUUACAGAGGUUUCAAACUGUUAACUGUGAUGUCAGACCCCCGCCCUGCCCUGAGAACUGUCUGUUCCUCUACUACAACUCCUUCCUGCUCUCUCUCUCAUCAUGACAUCACUGAGGGUUCCCACACACAACUACACUGAAAGGUCAUUCUAGUUCUAUUGAUUGUAUGGAAUGUGGAGGAAGGUUUGGGGCCAGGUCCAUUAUAUCAAGGUGGCGUUGUGAAUGUGCAAUCUGACAUAUUGGACCUGGACUGGGAAGGACCUGAGUUGUGUGAGGUGAUGGUGUUUUAAAGCUAUGCAACAGCACUGUGCUCCAGUCCACACAGCAAAAAUACUUCUGUAUGUUAUGAGAAUGAUCACGAUGAUAUGUUACUGCUGCCCCAUGUAAUCAGGUCAGUUCUUUAUUAGUAUAGAGGAAAAUAUGCAAAUGAUCUGCCAAAAUAUGACUGAUAUUGUUGUGCCUCCUGUUACCUGACUUCGCCUUUUUUCCCCCAAUCAAGUUUUUAUACUUGCAGUGUUUGCCUUAGCGGUGUUUUCAUGUCCUCAUUUCAAGAUGAUGCCUACGUUCCGAAUGGCACCCUAUUCCCUACAUGAUGACCCAUUGGCUCUGGUCUAAAGUAGUAUAAGUAAAUAGGGACAUGGGUGUCAUUUGGGACAGUAUCCAAGAAGAUAAGUCACAUACGAGUCCAACAAACUGUCUCUCUUGCUUAUACAGUUCAGAUGUUUUUUUUAGUUUUUUUGAAAAUGCUUUCAUUGUACAGUCUAACUUAUACUGUCUUACCUUCUUACUAUUCUCCCAAUAAAACCACAAACCAUUUUACAAA